AUGACUAAUUUGAAAUUAUUUUAGCUUACUGCCUAUCAGAAUGCCAUCAUAGUAUCAAAUAUCCCUAUCAAUAGAUUAAAUCAGAUUUACCCUAUUUAACCACCCAGCUAAAAUUUCACAGAACUUCAUAAAUUAUAGAAGAAAGUCCUAAACAUCAGGAGCAGGAAGGCAAGAUCAAAGGCGACAGAAGAUGCUCCUACAUUUUGGGAGUCUUCAAGACAUAUAAUAAAUCAUUCAUAGUGCUUGUUGAAGAGUGCACAAAAGUUGCGACAAUCCAGGAACAAAUUAUUUAUCACAUCGAUUAAGUAUCCUACAUUGCAAUUGAAGUAAAAAACACAUUUAAUUAGAGGACAAUAAUCCUAAUAACAAUAAGGAUAUCAUGGAAAGCUUGGGCAAUCAAAAGAAACUACUCUAAUCAGGAUUCUAUUUCUCACUCCACGGAGAUAUCACCCUUGCAAGGCAUUUCCAAAAGUAUGAGAAUAGUUUUGUUUGGAAUAACAAACUCCUUAGCUCUUUAAGAGAAAAUAAGAUCUCUUCUAGUUGGCAAUUACCUAUGAUAUAAGGAUACGUCGAAUAAAUAGAUUCCUUCAUAGAUAAUAAACCAGUUACCGUGACCUUAAUUUCCAGAAGAAGUAGAUUUAUGGGAGGGACUCGCUACUACUCAAGGGGAGUCAACGAUGAUGGACAUGUGGCUAAUUUCGUUGAGACUGAAUAAAUACUCAUCCAAGGUUAAAUCUUAAUAAGUUUUGUUGCCAUACGAGGGUCAGUGCCAUUAUUUUGGAAUUAAGACAGUGUUUCUAAUAUAAAACUAACUAGAUCAAAAGAAUUGACAUAAGCUGCCUUUGUUAAACAUUUUAACCUCCUCAGAAGAUAUGGCAAGAUAUUUUGCAUUAAUUUAAUGUAAAAUAGUAGAUAAAUAGAAUAACUCUUAACAGAUAAUUUUUAUUAUCAGUUUCAGACUGCUCAAUUAGAUCAUGUUAAUUAUCAAUACCUUGAUUUUCAUUCCUUAGUCAAAAAUGGUAAGUCUACUGGAGUCAAUUCCUACAUUUACUAAUACGAAUAAACAUUAGAUAAAUUUUAAUGUUAUAUUGAAAAAGAUAAAAAAAUGAUAACAAAAUAAAAUGGAGUUUUUAGAAUAAAUUGCUUGGAUUGCUUGGACAGAACUAAUUUAUUUAUGAGUAAACUCUGUCUUUAUAGUUUGGAUAGAUCUUUAAAAAUUUUAAAUCUUUAAUUAUCAAGUAAUCCUGAUGUCCUCAAUUAUUUUGAUGAAAACAAUAAAAAAUUAUUACAUGAUCUAAUCAUCAAAUAUAAGAUCAUGUGGGCUAAUAAUGGAGACAUGCUAAGUUUCAUCUACUCAGGAUCAGGUAGUACUGUCUCAGAGAUGGCAAGAGAAGGUAAGAGAGGAUUUAUGGGAAUGCUCAAAGAUGGAUAUAAUAAUAUUGAGAGAUUUUAUAAUCGUUAAUUUGAGGAUGAUACCAAAUAAAACACAAUUAAUUAAUUAUUGCAUGGCUCAACAUCCAAAACUCAUUUUGAUAAUUGGAUUACUGAGCAAGAAAAGCACUUUUGUACCCAGAGUGAAGCUUCAAUAUUAUUAACUACAUGGAAUGUUGGUGGAAAUAAUCCUGUUACAACUAAUUUUUCUUAAAAUAUACUAAAUUUUUAGGAACAACCUAAUCCAGAUAUAAUUGUUUUUGGUUUGUAAGAGAUUGUUGAUUUGAAUCCAUAAAACAUAGUCAUUAUGAGCAAUGAAAAAACACUGUAGCUUUGGGAUUAGUUGUUUCAAUCCAACCUCUCAAAAAUUGAACCUUAUACUAAAAUAGGAGAAUCUGAUUUAGUGGGUUUAUAUAUGGCCAUAUAUGUGAAAACAUCCUAAAUUUCAAGAGUAACAUAAAUUGAUACAGAUGUGGUUAAAACAGGUUUGGGUGGGACCUUGGGAAAUAAAGGAGGCGUUUCAGUGAAAUUUAAAUUUGAUGAUUCUCAAGUAAAUUUGAUUCAUGCAAUUAUUUUAGUUAGGGUUUACUUGUUGUCAUCUUACAUCUGGAAAUAAAUAAUGCCAAUAAAGAUUAUAAGACAUUGAUGAGAUUCACCAGAGGGCAUUCCAAAAUUCUAAGUCUAAAGCUACUUUAAACGAUCUUGAUUAUUCAUUUUUUUUUGGUGAUAUGAAUUUUAGAAUUGACUUACCAUAUCAAGAAGUUAUUGAGUAAAUCAAACAUUAUCAAUAGCUUGUUUCAUAAGAUCAGAAUAAUCCUAAUGCAAAAGCAAAGCUAGCAUACUUAUUGAAUUAAGAUCAAUUGGGAAAAAAUAAAAAUAGGAAUUAAUAUCUUCAAAACUAUUAGGAGGGUAGCAUUUUCUUUUUACCAACAUAUAAAUAUGAUAAAAAUUGUUAAAUAUAUGAUACUUCUAAGAAAUAACGAACCCCUUCUUGGUGUGAUCGAAUUUUAGUCAGCUGUAAAGAGGAGUUGAUUUGUUAGCAACGAUUUUAUAAAAGAAAUGAAUGCUUAGAUAGUGAUCAUAGACCUGUAUCUGGUUAUUAUGUUAUAGAAAUCAAGAAAAUCGAUAAAGAAAAGCUUGACUUAGUUAAAGCUUAAUAUUGUUUGUCAAAAAUGUAGAAUUUUAAACAUCAUUAACCUAAUUAAGAAGUUCCGAAAUAACAUUCUUCAAUCGUGUAAUUUCAAAGAUAACAAUAACCUUUAUAAACUGAUGACUAUUAAGACUUCUUUAAGGAUAAUUAAAAUAUAUAAUACUAAAAUUAAAAAUCAUAAUCUAGUAUAAAUGUUACGUAAUCGUAAUCAUUUAUUUCAUAAUAAUAAUCAUAAUAAUCUUCAUUAUAAUACUAAUAAUAAACAUAAUAAUCUUAAUAGUAAUACUAAUAAUAAUUGUAAUAUUCUUAAUAGUAAUAAUAAUUAGCUUAAUAGUAAUAGUAAUACUAGUAGCAAUCAUAAUAGUAAUACUAAUAAUAAUAAUUAUCACAAUAGUAAUAACAAUAAUAUUAAUAAUCAUAAUAAUAAAGAUAACCUAUUUAAUAUAUGUAAUAAAAUAUAUAAUAAAUUCAAUAACCCUAAACUUUACCAUUAGAUUUAAUAAAUAUGGAUGAUAAAUAAUAAUAAUAUUAUUAAUAACCUUAAGUGUUACAAUAAUAUGCUGUAUAAUAGAUGUAAUAGCAAUAACGAUCAGAAAUUUCUACGUAAUCAUAAUAAAAAACAAAUUAAUAUCCAAAACAACCUGAUUUAUUAUGA